AUGACCGCCUGUGGCUGUCCGAGGCCGCCGCUCUCGACGGUUCCAAAGCCCGUCCCGCGGUGGUAUCCCCCUUGUCUUUCCCGUCUUCGGCCAAGGCCCCCGACCCACGAGGCCACCAAGAACCUGCCACAGCACGGCUUUGCUCGCUCCUCGCGCUGGGAGUUCCUCGGCAAGUCAUCCGAGGAGAGCGGCACCAACUACAGCGUCAAGCUAGACUUUGGCCUGUCCUCUUCGAGUCUUGACGAGAAGACCAAGGCUGCAUGGGGAUACAGCUUCGGUGCCAUCUACAGCGUGACUCUGGACCGCGAUGCCCUGGCCACAUCGCUCGUCAUCACCAACGAAGACGACAAACCAUUCGAGCUCCAAGUCCUUCUGCACACCUACCUGCGCGUUCCCGAUGUGACUGCCGUCCGCCUCUCCAGCCUUGAUGGCGCCUCAUAUCUCGACAAGACCGAAUCCCUUGCCACGAAGACCCAGUCGGGCGACCUCGCCUUCACUGGCGAAACAGACCGUAUCUACACUCCUCUUGGCGGGCCCAAGGUUCCUGUUGUGGUUUCCGAUAAUGCGUCGGGCCGCAAGCUCUACAGCUUGACCCGCGACAACCUGGACGAUGUCGUUGUCUGGAACCCCUGGGAAGCCAAGGCCAAGUCCAUGCCCGACUUUUCUCCCGAUGAUGGUUGGCGUAACAUGGUCUGUGUGGAAGCCGGUGCCGUCAAGGGCUGGCAGAAGCUUGAAGCUGGUGACGCCUUCGAGGCUGCGCAGGUCAUCGCGGUGGGAGACUUGUGA